AUGGCGCUCGGCAAGCUUGCGGUGGCCGCGCUGGUGGCGUCUCUCCUCCUACUCAGCACCAUCAAGGCUGCCGACUCUCCUGCUCCGGCUGCUGCUCCGCUCGGGCCUCCUCCCCACAACAUCGUAGACCCCUCUAAAGACUGUGGGUGGGCGUGCAACCUGCGGUGCAGCGCCAACUCGCGGUCGAAGCUGUGCAGCCGGGCGUGCCUCAAGUGCUGCAGCGUGUGCCGCUGUGUGCCGGCGGGCACGGCCAGCAACAAGGAGACCUGCGGCAAGUGCUACACCGACUGGACCACGCACGGCAACAAGACCAAGUGCCCCUGA